AGCACACAUUGCUACCUGGCGUGUGUAUUCAUCAUGAUCGCCUGCUUUGAACCAGCUUCACCCCUCCAUGCCCCUCCAAUGACUGCAAGUCUCCGCUCCGCCUUCUCUGCCACACGAACCAACAGUGUGGUGGGAGGCAAGCAGAAUGCCGUGACCUUCAACAGGCUCAUGGUCAACGUUGGAAGUGAUUUCAAUCCAGAUACCGGUCGCUUCCGCUGCCGCGUCCCUGGGGCGUACUACUUCUCUUACUCUGUGGGGAAAUUUCCAAAGAAAAUGCUUUCUGUGAUACUGGUGAAGAAUGGAGAGGAGGUGCAGGCCAUAGCGUAUGAUGACUACCGCAAGAAAGGGAGGAAAGUUCAAAGCCAAAGCGUGAUGAUCAGUUUGAAGGAAAUGGACACAGUGUGGCUGCUUUUACAGCAGAGUCCUCAGUAUGCUUUGUACAGCAAUGCUGGCCCUUACAUCACCUUCUCUGGUUACCUCGUCUAUCCUGACAUCUCCCCAACCGGCUACAUCAGCAACCACCUGACCCCAUCAGGGCUGUCCUACCCACACUGCCCCCCUCAGACUGACCCCUUAGCCAGAGGUCAGGCGUCAGAGCAGCCGCAGUCUGCCUUCUCCGUGGCACGGACCUCCACACUCAUGGGCCAGAGUGUCAGGCAGCAGGACAAGCCACCUCUGACCUUUGAUGUGGAAUAUGUCAACAUCGGGGGGCAUUACAACAAAACUUCAGGCAUGUUCACCUGCCACUUCCCAGGCGCCUACUUCUUCGCCUUCACUGUAGGGAAACACCCUCGUAAGGCUGUUUCUGUGAAGCUGAUGACGGGGAAGGGCGAGGUGCAGGCCAUGGUGUUUGAUGAGGACACGUCGAAGAGAAGGGAGAUGCAAAGUCAGAGCUUGCUGCUGUCUCUCCGCCGUGGCGACAGCGUGUGGCUGUACAGUCAGCAGGAUGAGCGAUAUGCUGUCUACAGCAACCAGGGGAGGUACACCACCUUUUCUGGCUUCCUGGUUUAUCCUGAAGCAGAAACUCCAACACUUCCCACCACCCAGGACAGGACUCAACUCUAAAGAUCUUCAUAACACAAUCUGAUGCUUUUGUAGAAAUAUGUAGAUCAUUUUAAUGUUGGUGGAGCAGAAAAAUACUGUGUUGUCAAAAUAGUGCAACUACUUUACUGCCUUGUUUGCUUUUUGUUUAUUUUCUUUACAGUAAAUAAUGUAACUCCAGGGACAAUUUGUGUUGACAAAUUAUUCCACAAGAUGGUGCUAUACUACAAUUAUGGACACUAACCAGCAUGCAACAUGGUUAUUUUUUUAACUUGUAUAAAUGCAAUUAGCUGUAAGACAUCACAAACAGAAAAAAUGUUAAUUAAUGUUAAUUAAGUAAUAAAUAAAUACAUUGGUUUCGGUUCAUAGAUAUACUUACUAUUAAAAUGAUUUGUAUUUAGAUGUUUUUGAAAAGCAAUUUUUUACUUGUAAAAAUGAUUGUUGUACUGCAAGGAAUAUUAUGUAAAUGAUGUAUAGUUUAUCAAAAUCUUCUUACUGUAAAAAUGGGAUUUAGAGAUACAUCAUGGUCAUGUGAGAGGU